ACUCAUUCCGCGUAAAGCGCGGCCUCGAGUACCGCAAGCAGAAGCCUGCUGAAUCAAUCGAUCGAUCGACAUCCGGGUUGUUUUAGCUCUGAUCCGCUGGACUGCGCAAGCGCACAAAACGGCGGCUUCUGGGUCCCCAGAUCGACCGUGCGGUCAAGCAGGACAUCCAAGGCAAGACUUCCAGAACGUUUUCCAGGGCAGAAGACGGGAACGAAAGAAGACUCAUGAAGUGCUCGGGGUAAACAUUCAGUGGAAACCGUCGUGGGAUUGCACGAGGUCCUUGCACGGCUUGGUUUGUGGUGGGAGUGUGGAGCCGAAAGGAAAAGGAGGACUCCCGGAAUGAUGAUGGUGGUGCCACCACGGAUAACGCCCCUGUCGAUCUUAGGAGCUGUUCUGGUGCUUGCACUUAUGGUUGAGCGAGGACGGUGCAUUUAUUGCUGGAUAUGCAAUUCGGCGUAUGACCGUAACUGUGCGGACCCGUUCGACAAUAUCACCUCGGCGUUGGUAGACUGCAGCACGCGGCAUCUAGAACAUCUCCCCAACGUUCCGGCCACCAUGUGCCGUAAGAUAGUGCAAAAGGUGUACAACGAUUUCCGCUACGUUCGUGACUGUGGAUAUUUAGAGAAAGAGAAAGAAGGCACGGAGUGCAUAAGGCGGGCUGGAACCUUCAGCGUUCUCAUGAAAUACUGCAGCUGCAAGACGGACGGCUGCAACGCUGCCCCCUCGACUCUCGGAACAACCAACCUGCAAUGGGUAUUGUCCGUCGCCCUUCUGGUGCCCCUAUGCUCAGCUGUCCUUAAGUAGCUCCUGGAGACGGUGCAGGUGCUAGAUGUCACCGCGAAGAAAUCGCCGCCACCUGCUUCGGGGAUCUGCAGUUGGGACUGUGUGCACCGCGAAAUCCGUUUCAAUGGGUCAAGAGGCUAUGGGUUAUUCGAGCCAUUAUUCCCGCUUGCGACGCCCUUGACUGCAUUCGCAAUCAACGGGCGUUGACGCUUCUUCAGAGUCCAUAGUCGCAUGUCGAAAAUCCACCUCUGAGGAAACGGCGCAAGUGAGGAUGAAUCAUUUAUGUUUUAUAGGUUUUUAAGACUUUUAAGGAUUGGAUUUUUGGCAGUGCUGGAGGUCACAUCAAGGUUGCUUUCAUAACGGGACUGCGUGAAGCACCCAAUGCAGAGUCAUGACACGUGGUGUUAGACUGCAAUGACGCCGUUGCCUCUGCUUUCUCGAGGGCUCAACCCGACGGCCGUGUUACGAAAGUGACGAACAAAAACAGAUAUUAUCGCGUGGUAGGGAUAAAUUACUGUUCAUUUCAAGCACACUCGGCUAAGCCUUAUCGGCGCCAACGAUACCUGUCCUUCGACGCCUUCUUUUCGCGCUGUGUACGAUGAACGUCAAGGGCGUUCAUUUCAUCUAGUCCCUUCCUUUCCGGUCCGAUGAAAUGACCAGUGUCGCUAGAUCCCUCUAGGUGUCAUCUGGAACUACACCGCGCGUCUCUCAACACGUGGGUUGCACUCUCAGAACAGAACUUCACCGCAUAGCACGUUGUUCGCCAACCAUUGCCACGAAUGAUAGGGUUUCCGCUUCUGCGUACGCCUUUUUGUAGCACUUUGGAUAUGUGAUAAUUGCUACAAAAAGGCGUACGCCCCUCUCGCUCUUCAAAUCACAAGCGAUAACCCUAUCAUUCGUGGCAGUGGUUGGCGCACAACGUGGCUAUCCCAACCAGCACAAUAUCUUGGCCCAAUAUUGAACCAAGACUUGAUAUUGGAUUUUGGGCCAGUAUUGCCAAUAUCGGUCCAAUAUCGGGCCAAGAUGUUGUGCUGCUCGGGAUGCGGUGAAGUUGUGUUCCGAGAGUGUGGUAAGAACGAGGGUUUCUCCGCACGACUACAGUACAUGUACGACGCGAGUAACGGGAAAGAACGUUUAUUCUACUUUCUACAUCCCUCGGUGUAGCGGUAUUUGUGCACUAUGAAAACAGAACUUCACCGCAUAGCACGCUCUGCGCCAAUUAUUGCUCCGAAUGAUAGGGUUAUUCCAAGGGAGAGAGAGGCAUACACCUUUUUGUGUAAAUUUGGAUGUAUACAUGAUAACUGGCACAAAAAGGCGUAAGCUAAGCCUCCCUCUCCGAGUCAGAAGCGCUAACCUUUCAUUCGUAUAGCAAUGGUUGGCGCAGAGCGUGCUAUGCGGUGAAGUUCCGUUUUUAGAGAGCGGUUGUUGUGACAACUUCCACGCUGCAGGUCCUCGUAAAAAUUCAGUGUACUAGUGAAAGUACAUAGCAUAAGCCUUCACUCGACCGUUGAGAAAUGAGGGGUUGUCAGUCAAUGCGUGGCCAUAAACGCCACAGUUCACAGCGGUGCUGCUGUCAUCGCGGGAAACCUUUGGAAUGACAUGGUUUCGGAAGCAGCAUCAAAGGGGCAUCUAAUAUUUGGAACGUCAAGAAACAAACACAAAACAAGCAAAAGAAAUAUAGCUACAUGGGCUAUAGUACAGGGACGUUUUCCUUUAUGACUACUGCGUUGGAAUUCGCUAUCCCCCUGGGAGAGAACCUAAUCUAGUCAACACGAUUUAGAACUUAAUGAUGUAAAGAAAUGCACCUCUCGGUAGAGUUAACUUGGGGAAAAAGUUAGUAAUUAAUGGUGAAAGAAACAGAGCCGCUUCUUGUACAUAUUAUAUAUACUUUCACACUAUAUAAAUAUGCAUAUAAUGGGUUCGUUGCAGGUGAAACAAUAGAAACGUUUUCUAGAGCGUCAGUUUGUUUGUGAUUUCAUACGAAAGUUUAUUUUUGCAACAUGAGAACCAGCAUCUCGUUGAACCGACGUAACUGUAGCGCGGGCGGACUAUAAGAAAGGACAUAUUAGUUCUUAUUUUCUGUCCUGAAGUCACGAAAUGCGGUACAGGUGAUAGAAAUUCGAAGAAAAGUAGUAUUGCACGAGAGAUUGAGUCUGUCGUUGCAAAUCGCCUGAGUACAUGGUACCGACCUCAAUUGGAACCUGAAUGUUUCUGUACACUUAGAACAGCUCAUUGUAGAAUAUUGAGGAGUGUUCUGCCGAGAACUGUGUGUACGAUUGCGACAUGGAGGAUAAAAAUGUGCACAUCGAUCCGUUGGAAGUCACCUUAAUGUUGCACCAUAAAGUAGGCAAAGAAAGGUAGGGUAAAUAUUGCCUUCGCACUGCCUGCGAUUAUCAGCCCCUUUAUCUUCUCAUCUACGAUAAACGUUCUGGGGCGGAGAUCGAGAAAAGGCUCGUGGCGCCUUGACCGAUCAGCAGAUAAGGAAGUCUAUUAAUUAAUUCAUUUGACUCGUACUUAGCUAUAGAGGCAACCACGAAAGGAACGUGCACGGCGUUAUUUCGCGCUGCUAAAUACGGCAUUAAAGCCGAAGGAAAAAUAAACUGUCGUCAUAGAACUACUAGUCAAGUAUAGAAAAAGUACAAAAGUAGUUCAAAAGGCCUCAGCAGUUCCCCUUUGCCUCUCAGAAAAGUCAGAGCAUCUUGCUAUGUUCUGUUCGCUGUUCGUGGCCUGCAAAGGAUUUUCUAUAGGGUUGCCUCUGUCCAAACUCCGAUAUUAUAGCGGUAGCUCGGAGCUGAAUCAGAAACAACGCAAGCAUAUGAAGAAGAAUGCGGUGACGCAUCAAGCUAAAAGGCCUUGCACAUACAAGAUAGUGUAGGUAACUUCGAAAAGCCUGAAUGUACCGGUGUACAAGUUGCAGUCGAUACUAAACGGUUACCUAUUUGCUCCUAGGUGGCGUUGACUGGUUGUUGCGGAGGCCAUAAAUUAAAGGGUUGCAUAAAACCUGGAAGGCAAUGCCGUGUUCUGUAUGUUACAAUGAGUGUAGAUGGCAUGCUGAAGGAUAGUUGUCUUGGAAACAGUUGAAGAGAGAAAAAGGAAGGCUUGGGAAACUGUGCAAUUACACAACAGUGACUGAUCACGUAAUCUUAUUGAAGCAGGUCUCGAUGUGUAUUUGAGGGUGACUGUACCCUCGUUCGAAAGGCGUCUGUAUAAACUAUGCAUGCAAUUUGAAGUGGUAUGAAAGCAAAGUCGCAUGUUAAAAUCACUGCCAUAAAUAUGUGCAACGUUACAGGAAAGCAGUACCGCAAAAACACAUGCAUAUGGUGAAGGGGCCGUAUAACUAUAGACCUCUGUGUGAAGCUUAACAUAAAUAAUAACCGUACGGACGCGCUUGCUUUUGCGCGUGCGACGGACAAAUAUAAAUAUUUGUAUAGAUGCAUAAUUGUCUCUUAUCUUAUUUUACGUGAUGUACUUUUUUUUUUGUCUCUCUCUCUAUCUUACAGUGUAUAGAAUGAUGGACAUUGAAAAUGUAUGGGCGAUUGCUUUAUCACGUGCACGUUGAAAAACUGCUCGAUUUUAUGCGGCUAUUUAAGCAAAACUCUCACGUUACAUUGAAAGAUAUUAAAGGGUGCAUACGUGGUUCUUAUAGGAGUGCGUACUAAAAAUACCCGAGGGAUAGAAAAGUAAGCGUUUCACGAACACGUGUAAAUGCACGAAUAGAGCCAAAGCCUGCUCUAUUAGAAGGAAGUCUGGUAGCAUACAUCCGUCGAGAGAAACGCGGAACGUCCGAUGUUGUUGUGGAAGGGAUGGACCUUUUUUUCACACUCGCGUCGUACCCUAGCGGCUGUCCAGUGAAACACGCUCAGCGCGCGCCAAAACACAGCCGGCGCCAUCUAUUGAAUAUGUGAGGAACCUUCAGGGUCACCGAGCAUGCGCAAAAGCGUUGAGAAAAAAGUCCAUUACUCGAUCACCGCGGGGGUGAAUAUGACCAGCAAAUGCUUUACCAGAAUGUUCAUCUGGGAUACUGGAUUGGGUUGGAUUGCGUUGGAUUAGAUAAUAUAAUGUACUGUAAGCCGUAGUAUUGCUGCUGAAUAUGUAAGAAAGCGCUCUCUUGCACGCGCUAUUCCCGAUUCUCACUACCUUCAUCUGUAGCUUCCGGCUCUGGGAGCGUAAGAAGUAGACUUCCUCUAAUAUAGAUGGCUAUGGUCGAGCACUUGCACUUUGAACCACAACAUGUACUGAAAUACACUUGUCGGUCGCAGCAGAGCACACGUCGCAUAAUCAGGAUUUAUUUUACGAACGCGGAAUCGCCUUUUCAUCCGUGAAAAAGUUUUUAAAAAAUUCAUAGGACGAGACAAAAUUUAGCCCCACUUUCACUGUUUUUUAUUUCCGCGAAAUCGUUAUUAAAAUAGGUAAGAAAAAAAACCACACACAGAACCCCCAGUGCUGAGCACGUGAAAGGACAACACACACACACACAGAGCACUAGCGUUUUCCUUUCGUGUGUCUAGCACUUGGGGUUUUGUGUGUGUGUGUGUUCUUUUGUUGUUUUGUUUUUACCGAUUUUAAGAAUGUAUGACCAACCGGCCCAACUUUUAGCUCGUUUCAGCGAAUUCGUUUGCAUGCGUGAUUUAUCCUGCCUUUUUACAUAUCGAAUAAAUAUUAGACUUGGAAGAACAGACUUUUACUGAUUGUAUUCAGGAUUAUGGCUUUCUUGGAUCUGUUCUAAGAGGAAUAAAAUUGCAACUCCUAGGGGUGCCCCGUGAAAGAGUACGUUACUCCUCUAUAUUGCACGAAAUAAAGCAGAAAAAAAGGGGCGGAUCAAAUCUGUAAAAACAAACAACAACAACAACAAAAACCUAUUUUGGUGAUUACGAUUGGGGUGUUUCAUCCCCACUGGCGAUACUAUACCACAUCGCUUGAAGAAAUAAAACAGUGUGCACAUAUAUGUAUUUAUCACACUUGUUUCGCAUGUUCCAUUUUGUUCCACGUUCGAUUCCGCGAGCAAAAAAAAAAAUUGUGUGCUGGCUGUUUCCACGCAAAGAAGCACCCACGGGACCACUGCAUCCUUUUCGACCAUUCACUCUGCAUUAUAAUUAUACUCGCAUUGUUGUUUCCUUCGUUGUUUAUAUGAAUUGUUUGACGCUACAAACAGAAGUACAAACACUCUCUGUUAUUUAUUGCCCUUUCUUCUCUUUCCUCCUUUCCUCACCAUACAUGCUGAAUGAGAAUCGUACACUCCAUUGUUCACUAAACGCGCCUGACAGAAAGCAGCUCCUAUAUGUUCCUUUGCUGUUACAGGCUGUUGUGUCCACCGUCAAUUUGGAGGUGUCAUAGGUUGACAUGUACUUCUGUGACAACGAAACGCGCUAUCCAUAAAACUGUAUAAAGCCAAUUCAAUGUCUGUAUUCUUACGUGCAAGCCUUGGCACAAUGCGAAACGUGACGCCCGUAUACUGCAUUGAGGAAACUUUCAAAACGGUUUAAACGUCAAUGUAUACUCACGUAUAUGCUAUGGGAACUGCUGUGAAAAUCUCUGUCCGGCAACUGCGUUUGGUGAUUGUCUGUUGUGUGGCGCUUGAAGCUGAAAAGAAUCUGCCUUACGAUGUCAUCUGGAUUUGGGAUGAAAGCUCAUAUUUUGUUGCUGAACCACCUCCUGUAAGCUAUAGUAUAUUUGCUCAUCGUCAUUGUUCGUUGCUUAUGCUUCGCUGGACAUGACAAGGAAAUAAAGCGUUAGUGUCAUUGUCACCAAGA